AUGCGAAGGUCUUUGGUACCUGCGAACAUUUACAACACAGCGCAUUGUGGGAAGAAAUUCCGAAUAGCCACGCAUCACUACCCUCCACUUAUUAACGUGGACACGACCAAGUGCAUCAACCAGCUUUGCCCAGCAACAGCCUUUAUCAAUGGAGGCGGCCUCACGUACGAGUUUAUGAACAACGAGGUCUUGAACAACUUGAAGAGCAUGUGCCGAGCGAGCGGCGUUUCGGAAUCAGUUGUCUUCGAAUGGUACAUCCCUCGAGUCAACCCCACUUCCCCUGAUGCUGCGGUGUGUCAGGGAUCAUUUUCUGCACUCCCACCCUCGUCUUGGAAUACAACCUAUAAUGGGCAGAGAUGCGCGGCCGCGGCAAAGGCCUACAAAGGGCCCAGCAACGUGACGUCCUGCACGCGCAUCGGGGAUCCCACUUGUGCAAGCACAGGCCCAGAUCUUGUUGCAGGCGCGAUUCCAGUAGCUUCACGAUUCUCAGAUCUUCUUUCCUUCACGUCGUCUUACUAUCAGUAUCAGCAACACAUAGUGAAGCGCCCGAUCCCGCCUCAAAUUCCCAUAGACGGUCUUGUCAACGUUUUCCUUCCCUUCACAGGUUGGCUGUGGGGAGCGAUUCUGCUGGAGUGUAUAGUUGUGUUUGUGUCGUUGCUGAUGAUCGAGUCCCCCUACAACGUCGAGAACAUCCGGCAGGGCAAGGCGAUGUUCUUCGACACUUGGUACUGGGUGAUCUGUACGCUUUGUGCAGCUCCAGAUAAGGAUGCAUUCACACUGGGAGGACGAAUCGUCUACCUCUCGCAUCUCUUCUUCGGCACCUUAAUCACUGCCACCUACACUGGAGCCAUCGCAGCUUUCCUGACCCAGCAGGCUGUUGUGGUCAGUGUGCAAGACUUUCAGUCCUUCACGUCUGGUCAAUUCAGCGCUCUUGUGCUCGGGCCAAGUUGGAACCCGAGAGACCCACAGCCUCCCUAUCUUGGCAAGUUCGUCGCUGGGACCUCGACGACCACAAUGAUUCCAUCGGAUCAGUUCAACUAUCUGCAAACAAUCAUGCAGCAGGAUCCCAAGAUCACCAUCUCCAUCUUCACUGCUGAUCGCGUGGAUUCCAUUUACACCAACGGCCAACCACUGGUGUCAAGCACAUCGGUGAAUCCAUGCAAAUUGACAACUGGGGCUUCGUAUGGAAUCUUCGACAUCGUGCAGUGCGGGAGGCUCUACCCCAGCGCCAGGGCAGGAAGCGGACCAGACGCGCUCUUCUACGACGGGCCUGUCGUAUAUAACGAGCUCAACAACCGUUACAGCAGAACUGGCAAAUGUAGUCUCGUUACCAUCGGCGAUGGUUUUCACGUGAACGGCUACGGCCUUGGGUUCCCCUACUCCUCCAUCUUCUACCAUCCCUUGAGCUCGGCAAUGCUGCAAGCGACUGAGGCCGGAGCAGUAGACGACUACCUGCAGUCUUACGGUCUGAGAGCCAAUGACUUGACAUGUACAGAGGUGGUGGCAGAUGGAGGUAACGUGAUGGACAUCUGGGAGAUCUGGGGCCUCUUCGCUCUCUGCACUUUGUUCCUCAUCGCAGCUUUCUCAUCCGGAUUCUUCGCGAGAAUGAAAGACAAGUGGAAGGCCAAGAAAGAGGCAGAGGCUCUCAAGGCUCGAGAGGAGGCGAGGGCUGCUCUUAUGAUAGAGAGUGGGAAGGAAGGCGCUGCAGACGAGGACAACAAACAAAAGGAAGAAGACAAGGAAGAGGAACCGGAGGAUGAGGAUGAGGAGGGGAAGGAUGAGAUUUUUGAUCUUCCAACGAUUCUGAAUGGAAUUGAUGAGAAGAUACAUUCAGUACGAGAAAUCAGCAAGGCCCUGUAG